UUGUAGAAAUUUGCCUGAUGCACCCCCUCGAUGUGGUGAAAACCAGGUUUCAGAUUCAGAGAUGUGCAACUGAUCCAAACAGUUAUAAAAGCUUAGGAGACAGUUUUCGAAUGAUUUUCAGAACAGAAGGGUUGUUCGGUUUUUACAAGGGAAUUCUGCCACCCAUCUUGGCUGAAACACCCAAAAGAGCAGUGAAGUUUUUCACCUUUGAGCAGUACAAGAAAUUGCUGGGAUAUGUGUCACUGUCACCAGCAUUGGCAUUUGCCAUUGCUGGAUUGGGAUCUGGACUUACAGAAGCCAUUGUAGUUAAUCCUUUUGAGGUAGUAAAAGUUGGCUUGCAAGCCAAUCGGAACACAUUUGCAGCACAACCAUCCACUAUGGGUUAUGCAAGACACAUCAUUAAGAAGGAAGGCUUGGGACUCCAGGGCCACAAAGGAUUGACAGCAACUUUGGGACGUCAUGGGGUUUUCAACAUGGUUUAUUUUGGCUUCUACUACAAUGUCAAAAACAUUAUUCCUGUCAAUAAGGAUCCAACCUUGGAGUUUUUGAGAAAAUUUGGGAUUGGUCUUCUCUCAGGGACAAUAGCCUCAGUCAUUAACAUCCCUUUUGAUGUUGCCAAAAGUAGGAUUCAAGGGCCUCAGCCAGUUCCUGGAGAGAUCAAGUACAGAACCUGUUUUAAAACAAUGGCAACAGUCUAUCAGGAAGAAGGGAUUUUAGCUUUGUACAAAGGCCUGCUUCCCAAGAUUAUGAGACUUGGACCAGGUGGUGCAGUGAUGCUGCUGGUUUAUGAAUACACCUAUUCAUGGCUUCAGGAGAACUGGUGAUUGCCUAGGAAGUGUUUUCCCCCUUGAGAUAAUGGAUAUUUGCUAUGCAACACCAUGAAGAGAGACUAUCCAUCGGUUAAGCUGGGCAUAUAGUCACGAAAGGGGAAAAAGUUUGUUCAAGAACAAAACCUGUUUUGAUACUUUAAAAAUAAUCUUCAUACAAUUUGAGAUAAUAGUUUUAGCCAUAUACAAAAAACCAUGAGAAGAAAAACAAUGUGAAGCAAUAAGUAUGUAAACUGAAUAUAGAAAAAUAGCACAGAUAUCA